AUGUGUAAAAAAAAUGGUAAAAAAAAAAAAAAAUGGCUCAGUAUUAAUGAUGGACUUUAUUUUCUUUCAGUGUCCGACACAAAGAGGAUUGUCAUCUUGGGAAAAACUGGAGCUGGGAAAAGCAGCCUGGCUAACACCAUAUUUAGAGAGAAGACUCUUUUUCAAACUGGCGACUCUCCCAACUCUGAAACAAAUAAAUGUAAAGCAGAAACCAAAUCUGUCAACGGAAAAAGCAUCACUUUGAUCGACACUCCUGGUUUCGUUGACACUAAGAGAUCUGAGGAGGAGCUGAAGGCUGAGAUAGUGAGGUGUAUCACAGAGUGCGCUCCUGGGCCUCAUGUUUUUCUCAUUGUGCUUAAAGUCGACAGAUUCACAAAGCAAGAACAGGAUGUCAUCAACGAAAUAAAAGACCACUUUUCUGAAGAAGUCUUCAAAUAUGCAACACUUCUCUUCACUCAUGGUGACCAGCUCCCCGAAGGACAGAAAAUUAUGGAUUUUGUGCAAAAGAAUAUGUCAUUGAGUGAUCUUGUUGAGAAGUGUGGAGGACGCUGUCAUGCCAUUGAUAAUAAAUACUGGAAGAAUGUCAGGCAGGAUGAAUACAGAAGCAACAAGUUCCAGGUGAAGGAGCUCCUCAAGACAAUAGAUGAGAUAACUGAGGCAAACAGAGGAGGCUGCUACACCAAUGAGAUGCUACAAGUAUGGGAGAAAGUGAUCCAACAAGAGCAGAAGCACAUUAGAAAGUCAUCACCAAACAUGUCAGAGGAAGAAAUCAGCGGACAGGCUAAAGUCAACACAUCAAGAUUGAUCAACAGUUUGAUCAAACUGGCAGAUAUCACAACAGAUGCAUUGUUAAGAGCUUUGUUUGGUGUGGCAAGAUUAGAUGAAAAUCCUAUCUGA